GUCUCCGGGCUCCUCGCGCGCGCGCCGCCGCCGCUCUCGCUGCCGGCGAGGCGCUCCCCGGUACGCUGCUAGCCGCGUGCCCUCAUCCCCCCCCCCAACCCCCACCCCGCUGCCGGCUCGCACCGCUCUGUUCAAUUCAACCUACCCGAAAGAGAGAGAGAGAGAGGGCGGACCUCCCGAUUCCUUCUGGAACACGCUUCCCGUUGCCCCGGAUUGACGAGGACCCCGCCGGCCACCGCCGCCGUCUCCAGGCAAUGGAAGAGGGAUCUUUGACUGUCUCUUUCCAUUGGAGUAAUCAAAUGGCAUGGAAGUGAUAUCUUUGCCAAAAUGAAAAGAUUUGUCUAUAUCAAUGAUGAGGCGCGCCAGGAUUCCUACUGUGACAAUAGAAUAUCCAAUACCAAAUAUACUCUAUGGAAUUUUCUCCCUAAGAACUUAUGGGAGCAAUUCAGGCGUUUCAUGAAUCAGUACUUUCUUCUAAUUGCCUGCCUUCAGUUGUGGUCAAGUAUCACACCUGUUAGUCCUGCAACUACAUGGGGCCCACUAGCCAUCAUCUUCAUAGUUUCUGCUUCAAAAGAGGCUUGGGAUGAUUACAAUAGAUAUCUUUCAGACAAGAAAGCGAAUGAAAGGGAAGUGUGGGUGAUAAAGGAUGGCAGCCAUAGACAGAUCCAAGCACAAGAUAUACAUGUUGGAAAUAUAGUGUGGCUUCAUCAGAAUGAGGAGAUACCUUGUGAUCUUGUUCUUAUAGGAAGUUCUGAUCCUCAGGGCAUCUGUUAUGUUGAGACUGCUGCUUUAGAUGGUGAAACUGACUUGAAAACAAGAGUUGUUGCUUCUAUCUGUGCUAACCUUCCAUCAGAUCAAUUAUGCAAUGUCAAGGGUGUAGUUGAGUGCCCCAACCCUGAUAAUGACAUAACAAGAUUUGAUGCUAACAUGUGCUUGUUUCCUCCUGUCAUUGAUAAUGAGAAAUGUCCUUUAACUAUCAAUAAUACUCUCCUUCAAUCAUGUUACUUAAGGUACACAGAAUGGGCAUGUGGCGUUGCAGUUUACACAGGCAAUGAAACAAAAUCCGGAAUGAGUAGGGGAACUGCAGAGCCCAAGCUCACUGCUGCUGAUGCCAUGAUAGAUAAACUCACUGUUGCAAUAUUUGUGUUCCAAAUUGUUGUUGUUCUUAUUCUGGGUUUUGCUGGCAAUAUCUGGAAGGAGAACCAGGGUCUUAAGCAAUGGUAUCUAAUGUAUCCUGCAGAAGGACCAUGGUAUGAUUUCUUGAUUAUACCACUGCGCUUUGAGCUACUAUGUUCAAUAAUGAUUCCCAUUUCAGUAAAGGUAACUCUUGAUCUGGCUAAAGGUGUAUAUGCAAAGUUCAUUGACUGGGAUGAACAAAUGUUUGAUCCAGAAACAUGUACGCCUGCUCAUUCAGCUAACACAGCUAUCAGUGAGGACCUUGGACAGGUUGAGUACAUUUUGAGUGACAAAACUGGAACGCUGACAGAAAAUAGAAUGAUUUUCAGAAGAUGUUGCAUAAGUGAUACUCUUUAUGGGGAAAACAAUGGUGAUGCUUUAAAAGAUGGCAGGCUUCUAGAUGCUGUUUCAAGUAGUGAUCCUGAUGUUAUCAAAUUCCUCAUGGUGAUGGCUCUUUGCAAUACAGUUAUUCCUAUAAAAUGCAAUGAUGGUACCAUCACAUACAAAGCACAAUCACAAGAUGAGGAAGCUUUAGUCACUGCUGCAUCAAAACUGAAUAUGGUGCUUAUGAAUAAAGACAGCAGCACUGCUGAUAUUUCUUUCAACGAUACUAAGUAUCAUUACGAUUUGUUGGAUAUUUUGGAGUUUACUUCUGAUCGCAAAAGGAUGUCUAUUGUGGUAAAGGAUGUACAAAGUGGGAAGAUCCUUCUUCUUUCCAAAGGAGCUGAUGAAGCUAUUCUUCCUCGUUCUCAUCGAGGGCAGCAAAUUAGAACCUACCUUGAGGUAGUAGAAAUGUAUUCUCAGUUGGGCUUGCGAACAUUAUGUUUGGGAUGGCGUGAGUUAGAAGAAUAUGAAUAUAAAGAUUGGUCCAAAACAUUUCAAGACGCUAGCUGCUCCUUGGAGAACAGGGAGUUUAAAAUUGCCCAAGUAUGUAACAGUUUAGAGCAAGAUCUUCACAUUCUUGGUGUUACUGCCAUAGAAGAUCGUCUCCAGGAUGGUGUACCAGAAACCAUUAAAUUGCUAAAGAGUGCGGGAAUCAAUGUGUGGAUGCUAACUGGUGAUAAGCAAAACACAGCAAUUCAGAUUGGACUUCUUUGUAACCUCAUAGCACCAGAGCCGAAUGGUCAAUUGUUGUCUAUCGAUGGAAAAACUGAAGAUGAUGUAUUAAGAAGCUUAGAGAAGGCAUUAUCAGCAAUGAAGUCUAUGACGGUAACAAAGGAUUGUGCAUUUGUUGUGGAUGGAAGGGCACUUGAAAUAAUUCUGAAGCAUUCCAAGGAGUCCUUUACUAAGCUGGCAAUGUUGUCAAGAACAGCAAUAUGCUGCCGAAUGACACCUUUGCAGAAAGCACAGCUUGUUGGGCUUUUGAAGUCUGUUGGUUACCUAACUCUAGCAAUUGGUGAUGGUGGUAAUGAUGUAAGAAUGAUUCAAGAGGCAAACAUUGGAGUAGGGAUUAGUGGUAAGGAAGGACUACAAGCUGCACGAGCUGCUGAUUAUAGCAUUGGAAAGUUCAAGUUUCUCAAAAGGUUGAUACUUGUCCAUGGUCGAUAUUCAUACAAUCGGACAGCAUUUAUUUCGCAGUACUCCUUCUACAAGUCACUUUUGAUAUGUUUUAUACAGAUUCUUUUCUCGUUUUUAUCAGGACUCUCUGGAACUAGUUUGUUCAACUCAAUUAGUCUGAUGGCCUAUAAUGUUUUCUACACAAGUCUUCCAGUAAUGACUUUAAUUUUUGACAAGGAUAUCUCUGAAGCAACAGUACUGCAAUAUCCCCAGAUUUUACUCUAUUCUCAGUCUGGAAGGCUUUUGAACCCCAGUACAUUUGCUGGAUGGUUUGGACGAUCGGUUUACCAUGCACUUGUUGUAUUCUUGACUACAAUCGGUGCAUAUGCUGACGAGAAAAGUGAGAUGGAGGAACUCUCCAUGGUUGCACUAUCUGGAUGCAUUUGGUUGCAGGCUUUUGUUGUGACCCUGGACACGAACUCAUUCACUUAUCCGCAAAUCAUUCUCAUAUGGGGAAAUUUCGUUGCCUUCUACAUGAUCAAUUUAAUAGUCAGCACGGUACCAACACUUCAAAUGUAUACAAUAAUGUUCCGCCUGUGUAGCCAACCUUCAUACUGGAUAACCAUGGCUCUGAUUGUUGCGGUAGCAAUGGGCCCAGUGUUGGCUUUGAGAUACUUCAGAAACGUGUUCCGACCUAAUGCCAUCAACAUACUUCAGCAAAUCGAGCAAAGCAGCAGACAUGUCCAAACUAACAGAAAUCUGGAGUCACGGAUCAAGUCUGCUGGGAGUUAUCUCACUCAUUUACUGACCGAUUUGCGUCGCAACAGGGAUGCUAACUAUCAGCCUCUGCUUUCAGAUUCUGUAGCUUUGCACUAACUGUAUCUCUUACCAAGUGCAUGAGCUAUGUAGCCAAUGAAACAGCGCUGAACAUGUACGCUCGAAGUCUAACAGCAAUAGACUUGCUAAUCACACAAAAUUGCACAGACAGAAAAGCUUCACAGUUUCAUUGUACAGAUGGUACAACACCUGACGGGGAUGUCUGGAACUCGAAGAAAACCCAUGUGUUCCAAGUGUCCCAGAUGUAUAUCUUUUGUUGUUGUAGCACAGAGAAGUAUAGUCUUGUCCUUUCCAAUGCAAAACACACAUUAUCAUAAAAAGGAAAUAAACCAACAUUAUGGCUCUCCAAAAAUGAUGGAGUAUCUGUUUUUUGAUGAUAUUUAAUACUCCCACUGUCUCGUAAUAAGUAUAUUUUUUGAGUACCGGUUGUUAUAU